GUUCCCCCCCCCCCCCCCCCAGGGUAUUGAAUCUCCUCCUGUCUAGAGAAAGAAUGAGGUGUCAUGACAAGAGAGAUGGAAGAACAGUUGCAUCAACUAUGAUGCUAACUAGCUCAAAUCUUCGUAGAGGCAUCUAAAAAGCAUUGUAUGUCAGGUGCAAUACUUCUCUAACUUGCAGCAGAGAGUUUAAAUGAGCACAAUUUCCCUAAGAAUACUCUUCCAUUUGUUAUAAAAUUUAUUCUAGGUUUGAGAUUUUGCAGUGUUUGAUUUAGUGCUGAACAUUAGAUGUUCUGUAGAGUGCUAGAGUUAGAGGAUUUCACUGACAUCAGUAAGCUUUGGAUCUGGCUCUUCUGCUGCCCCAGUGUUAAAUGCACUUCAUCCUGCGCCUGCUUUCCACAUUUUCCGUUUUUGCUGCUUUCCCUGUUUUCAGCACACAAUGUUGAUUGGUCAUUGUGUUCAAAUGCUGCUCCUGUGUAGUGUGAUACGUCGGAUAAUACCAUCUUUCUCUCUUGGACAGAAUCAUGUAGGAAGAUGUGACUUUCCUUAAACAUCUGCAGUUUUGAAUGUGAAAGGGGAAGAAAUUCCAUCUCUGCUUGUGGUCACAAAGCAAACAAAGUCUGAUCCUGAAAUUUCAUGUUUGGGGGAGGAAAGGGAAAACAUCUGUACAGUGAACAAAGGUGUUCUGACUCCAGAAAUUGUCAUUAAGGGGUUUAGGUUUUGUCUUUCUAUGAACAAGCAAAAAAUGCUUUGUGUUGCUCAUAUAUGUCCUCACAGAGAAUGCCUCAUGCCCAGCUGUGGCUUGUUAGAACUCCCCUGUGAGAAGUUUCAGUCAGCUCUGUGUGCCUGAUUAAAGGAUCCUCCCAUUUCUAAUGAACUAAUGUGCAUAUUUUGUACCAUGACUGUAGCCAACCUUUGCAGUGUUUUUUCAUUUGCAGCAUUUAACAAAGAACUUGGGUCUGACACGUGCACAAAACUGGCUGGGCAUUUUCAUAAGGUUUUCGGUGGAAAAAAAUGGCUAUUAAUGAAGCCAAAGCUUUUCCUAAGAAGGAUUUAGCUGAAAAAAAUACUAAGAUAAAUUUUUUUCUACCUUUACAAAUGUGAAUUUUUUCAAAAUUAAACUACCUUCCUGAUCUGAAAUGACAGACGUGGAAUGAAAUCUAAAUUCUUUUUUAAUUUCUUUAAAAACCUUGAAAUUAUUGGAACAAUGUUUUAACUUGAGCAAAAAUUUUGCAGAUUCUACAGAGUUCAUGGACACUUCUAUGCGUUUAGUUUUAUUAUCCUAGUUUGAGAGGAAACGUUUUGACAUGGAAAAAAUCUCGAAACUGUGAAACCUGGCGUCCUGCUUAGCUCUAGAAUUGAGCUCUGAAACAAUCAGCAUAUGUUAAGUCUCCAAAAGUGAGGUAAGACUUUAGAGAUUGUUUUCAUUAGUAAAUCUUUACAAUACCCUAGAGAGAGAUCAGUGCUGUUAGUGCCUUUCAGUAAAGUUAAGCACAAACAGAAAUGUACUGAUUUGACUAAAUGCCUACACUAAUUUAAUCAAUUAACCAGUGCCUACACCAACAAAACAAACUAGAGUUCAUCUCCCAUUCUGAUACUAAUAAUUUUUCAUCUAAAAUAAUCCAGAACCAAUGUUAAAUGUAGAAAUGUGUAUGUUCCUGUCAGGGUAAGUUAACAGCACCCAUUAUCAUGUAUAUGAUUAAUAUGUACAUAUGUUUUUGUAUAUGCACAACUGCUAAAACAGGUGUGUGACAGGGGUUAAAUAGUUCUUCAGAACUAAAGCUAAAUGAGCUUUGGAUAAUGACAUGAGAUUGAGAUCCAACACCCCCCCACGCACACACAUGGUUAAUGGUAAGCCCAAGUUCUAAAUCACCUUCAUAAUUUGAGAGUGAGUUUAUUUUGCUGUUAUGAUCUUAAGAGCCUGUUAAAGCAAAGUAUUUGUUCUCACUGUCUUGGAACAAAAGCUGGUUGCUCAACCAGGCACAUCUGAUUCUUGCUGCUUUAGUUCACAGGAUCUAAUCAGGUGAAAGUUGGUGGGCUCUUUCUGCAUCUCCCAUUCUCAGCAGAAAUGUCAGCUGAUUUCUGAUAACUGAAGACUUCUGAUUGCCUUUCCUCUGCUAGCGGCAUCAGUCUCUAUUUUUAAGAACUGAUUUAUGUGGUAGUUCAGCUUUGUCAUUCCCUUUUUUCAAACUAAGCACACUUGCUUCUGAACUUUCUGGGAGAGAUUAUUAUGGGACCUCUCAGUGCAGUUAUCAAGCUCUUCUGAUAAUUUUUUUUUCUAACCUAUAUUUUCUUAAUAUGAAGUUCCUACCUGUCUUACAUAUGAAGAAGCUGUCCUUUCCCUCCAGAAAGGACAUCUCAAAAGCAACCAGCAUGACACCAAAAGUUGUGACAUGCUUUACCUGGGCCAUGAUUAACUUCAUCCAAUGACAGUGUAAUAUCAAGCUGAUACAAUCGGUGCUAGAUGCAGCUUUCCUGUUUCUCCCACUAGCUUCAAACUGAUUGAAGCUACUGUGUGCUUAGCUGAUUUGGGAGACAGCCAUACUAAUGGCUAUGUAAAGAUCCCCCCCACCUUUUUCUUUUUCUUUUCUUUUUUUUUUUUUACCUUCUCUGUGGAAUGUGUUGUGCUCUCUGCAGGUAAAUUUUGUACAGCUAGGGCUGUGCAGCUGCAUAUUGAAGGCAUAUAUAAUGUUCUGGCUGUUAUGUACUUAGUCAUCAGUACAAGCUGGUAUGUGCUGCAUUCUCAGCAUUAGUUCCAAAAACUUGGUUGCUACAGGGCUCUCAGAUGGCAGUUUUCUUAGCUGAUUUCUGUGUAACAAGAACCAUCACUAACCAGUUCCUUCAUAGUACAUUGUUUCUCAAAUGACUUUCAAGUCAGCAAUGGUUUUGUGUGUGUCCAUUAAUGCGUCUGAGUGCCAUGAAUAAUUUGGUCUGUUCUUGAGCAGUGAAUAAGAUAUUGAUUCUCAGCCUAUUUGGGUAACUGCCAACUCUCAGGUUAUCCUCAAAUUACAUUUUAUUUGAUUCUGCAUAUCAGCUACAUAUCACUUCCAGGCUUCAGAGAUCGCUAGUUGCCUGCAAACCACUACAUAGGAGCAACUGUGCAGGUCUCCUGGUACUGGCUGCUGUCAGUACAUUGAUACUGGGCCUUGGGGCCCUGGUUACCCGAUGCCCUGUAUUGCUGUGUUUAACCUGUCCCUGAACCACGUCCGCACAGAAAGCGUGUGCCUUGCGCAUGCACUCGUGCCAAUUAAAAUGACGUAUUUUCCACAGUAAGGGAUAGUUUGGGUGAAAGUGAAACAUGGGAGAUACUUCAGCUGUUGCAGUAUAGGCAAGCAGGAGUUGUGGUGUGAGGAGCCCCAGGGAGAAAGAACAAAGCUGGGGUGGUGGCAAGUUGUUGCAGUAAGUGCUGUUAGGAGAUGACAGAACUGGCUUAACAUGUAAAUAUACAAACUGAGUUGCAAAAUCUCAGCUUAGUGCUGUCCUGAAGAAGCAGUUGCCUAGGCUUAGCAAUUACAGCCUGACCUUUUAAGUGCUGAGGAUGACUUGUAUGGGAAAAUUGCAAGUGUGUAAACAGAAGAAUGUGAGAGGAGUACAAAAGCUGAUUCAUGGCAAUUACCUUAUUGGGAAGUUAUUCUUACAGGAGGGUAUGUUUUGACUGUCAGAAACAGAAGAACCCUGCCUUCAGCUCUGAGGAUUUUGUGGUGCUUCACCUAUAAAGCUAACAAAGAGAAGGUGGGAGGAGGAUGAACAAAACACCACCACUGAGGUUUAAACAAAACCAAUAAACUAAAAACAGAGCAACUACAUGUGAAAGACAAGAGUGCUGUGCUUCAAGCAAUAUUAAUUAAUAGUCUGGAGGUGGAUGACUUGUGAGCACUGGGAGACACGAAAGAUGAUCCCGGAACUGGUAGGAUUGUUUAUGGCAGGGAAACGAUGUGAAAGAAGCCUGAUCAGUUAAGAAGAGAGGAGUUCAUUAUAAAAUAUUUUGCACUAGGUUUCUAGUUCAGAUACAGUGACACAGCCCUCCUGAGAUAAGCAGAUAUGUUAUCAUGUAGGGACCCUUGCCUCAAGCUAUUCAGAAGGGAUUUUGCAAAGGCAAUCAGCCCCAUCACCAAGAUGUCACAAAGACUCAAGAGCUGAGAGAAAAAGUAGGCAGCUGAGAUAAAUGACAGGAGAAGAAGGAAGCUCUGAACAUAACAAGCUUACUCUGUGACAGUUCAGGCAUGAGGAUCAAGAUGUCCACUGAAGUAGAGGCCAGAGUGGGCUACUGUACUUUACUUAUUCAGUGCUGAUGGUAGAAGUGUCAAAAUCCAGCUUGUACAGAAGAGUACCUUGCCUCCUUGCGUGUCCAAGAGCAGGUACCUAUGUUCCCUUGGACAAAAAAGAACAAAGUGAAGGUCUACAGAGCCAGAGUUUCUCUGGUGAAAGUCCUUCUGCUGGGGCUAGAUUUACCAGCGGAGAGAAGGCCAGAGCCGCCUGUUGCUGAUGUCAGAGCAACAGCUCUCAUCUGCUCGCUUAAGGCUUUCUCACAGUACCCUGAGGAAUAAAUCUACGAACAGGCUGCUGCUGAAAACAGACAGGCUGCUGUAGUACUGCAUCUCAGCUCAUUGCAUUGGCUUCUCCAUGGCUACUGCAUAUGCAAUAUUCUGAACAUUUCUGCAGUUAUGUCACCCCUCUCAUCUCUAGGAAUGGUGAUGGACAUUGGGAAGAAAGAAUGCCUGCAGCAAGCGCUCUCCACUGGAAGCAUCUCCACUGCAUGGAUAUACAACUCCGAUGGGGAAUACAAAACCAUUAACUGACAUCCAGUGAGUGGCAGAGGAGGAAAGCUGAGUUUGGAAAGCUGGAGAAAAGGGAGCAACCUGACCAGGCUGGAUUUGCAUUACUGCAAGACCCAGACGCAGCCAGCCGGGGAACUUUCAGGCUGCUUUUCUGAUCGCCGGGCGCGUUAAUCAGCAGCCGGGCGCUGCCCGGUGUGCGAGGGCGGGGGCCGGGCCGGGCCGCCGGGGCCCUUCCUGGCGGCGCCAGGCAGCAGCGGGGAACGAACGCGCGGCGUCACAGGAACGCUGCGGCGUCGGGCACCGCGAGGCAGCGGCGAAGAGCGGAGCGGCGGCCCGGGCAGGGCGGGCGCUGGCGGGACAGAUUGUGGAAACCUGAACUCUGACUGACAACGUGACAACUACACUGAGAGAUUCUCCAUCAUAUAGUCUUGGACGUGACGCACUGAUUGGAAUCUGCUUGUUCACAGGAACAGAGAGUUUUCCUUGUUUAACAACCAGCCGCAGCAUCCUAUCAUCUGCUUAAUCAGGGCAAGCGGUGAAGGAGAGGAAAAAUGGCGGAGGAGAGAAAAGAUGAAGCCAAGGCACCGCACUGGACUUCGAGUCAGCUCACAGAGGCUUCUUCGCACCCACACUCACCUGAACUUAAGGACCAAGGUGGUGCGGGUGCCGGACUGGUCAGGAGUGCCAAUGGCUUUCCCUACCGCGAGGACGAGGAGCCGGGGCUGGGCGGACAGGAGCAGCAGGGCACGUACUCGCGAACCAAAGAGAACGGCAUCAACGGGGAGCUCUCGGCGGGGGACAGGGAGACUGCAGAAGAAGUGUCUGCAAGGAUAGUGCAAGUAGUAACAGCCGAAGCUGUAGCAGUCCUGAAAGGCGAACAGGAAAAAGAAGCCCAGCACAAAGAUCAGCCUGGACCACUACCUUUAGCAGUUGAAGAGUCGGCCAACUUGCCUCCUUCCCCGCCUCCGUCGCCAGCUGCAGAACAGACGGGAACUCUGGAGGAAGAAGAAGAAGCAGUAGAGAGUCCGAUGGCCGUGGAAGCGAAACCUGCUGCUCUUCCUGGGAAGCAACUGGGGAAAGAGCAUGGGCUUGUUGAGCCUGCAGACCAGGCAAAGGGCCUCAGGGAGGGUCAGCCGGACUCUGGUUUGGAGGCCAAAGGGUGUCGCGAAGACAAAGUGCCAAGUGUGGCAUCCAGCAGGGAGACCGUAACAGUUGUGGCGGAAACGCCCCCGAAAGACACAUCCCCUUCCUUGGCUGAGGAAGCCACGAAGAUGGAAAACCGUGUCCAGGAGGGCACACGCCCUUUCACAGCACAACCAUUAGACACAAAGGAACACGAAUUUUGGAAAGACAGUAAGACUGGUGAGCAACCUAAACAUGAUGCCUUAGUUCCACAGCCAGCAAAAACAGAGGCUAUAGAUAAAAAGGAUUCACAGAGCAAAGACAAAAUGCCUUCACCUCUAUCAGAACAGAUUUUGGAAACCGAUUCACAAAAGAAAGGGGAAGCCAGUUUUGCAGAACCUGCUGCAAAACCUCCUGUUUCUCAAGAACAGAAAGAUUUGUCAUCUGAACUGCCUAAAGGGAGCAAAACAGAAGAAAGGACUGCAGAUGUGCCCUUGCCAUCCAGCCAAGUAAUCUCUAUGAAACUUAAAGAUGACCUUAAAGAUGUCCAAGAGCUUGCCAUCACCCAUGGCGGAAGUUCUCUGUUGCCAUCAGAACCCAAGGCAGAUGCAGCCAAAAGUGAACUUCCUUCAGACUCAUCUCCCUCUGUCCUGCAGAGGCUUCCGCCCGAAGACAGUUCCAAAACAAAACAGGAACCCACUGAUCAACUCUUUGCCAAAGAUCUCACUAAAGAUGAACAGAUCCACAGAGACAAGACACCAGCUCUUCAAGGAGAAGUCUCAGCAGUAAGUGUAGAUGGCCUGAAACCACCGAGCACACAGAAGAUCCCUGCUUGGGGGGAGGAAAAGGACAUGACUAAGGAUGAGAGUGAUGAGGAGGAAAGAUAUGACUUCUAUGAUAAAGGAGAGGCUCGAAUACUAGACGAUGGUAGAUUUACCACAAAACCUGAAGAGAAGACACUUUCUCUAGACAAAGCAGACUUUCAAAAGGAUAGUGAAGCUAAAAAGUUACCUGACAUUUUCAAAGCUGAAAAAGACAUAGACCAAAGGGGGCUACCCGCAACAAUAGACACAAAAAAGGAGGUGCAGCCAACCACAGAGGUGCCCCUAGGCAAAUUAAGCCAGGAACUGAUCCUUGAGAAAACAACAGAGCACCCUGAUACCACGCAAUUAUCUGGAACAGCGGAGAAGGCCCCUGAGGCACCAGGUUUAACCAGUGACAAGACUCCUACUCUAGAACCUCCUCAAGCAAAAGAUGUUAAAAAAGACACCAAGGAGGAUAAGAUGAGUGUUUUGGAUUCAGUUACUCAUGAAAUGACAAUAGAAGAGGAUCGAUCGGGAAUGUCAAAGUAUUUUGAAACCUCUGCUCUGAAAGAGGAAGCAACCAAAGGAGACGUUCUGAAACAAGGCAGUGAUUACUACGAGCUAAGUGACACCAAAGAGAGUGCGUAUGAGCCUUAUCAGGCAGAUCAUCUAAUACCUGAAAACAAAGAGGAAGAGGAGGAAGAAUUACAGACAGAAGUAGAUCAGCAGCAGAGUGUACCUGGUCAUGAAAUAGGGUACAGUACCCUUGCUCAGAGCUUUCCACCAGACAAGUCUGAGGAACCAAGUUCCCCAACAGAAAGAAUGUUCACUAUUGACCCCAAGGUCUAUGGGGAUAAGAGAGAACUCCACAGUAAAAAUAAAGAUGACCUGACUCUGAGCAGGAGCUUGGGACUUGGGGGUAGAUCUGCAAUUGAACAGAGAAGUAUGUCUAUUAACCUGCCCAUGUCCUGCUUGGAUUCAAUAGCUCUAGGAUUUAGCUUUGGCCGUGCACAUGAUCUCUCUCCCCUUGCUUCAGAUAUUCUAACAAACACUAGUGGAAGCAUGGAUGAGGGUGACGACUACUUGCCAGCAACCACACCAGCGUUGGAGAAGGCUCCCUGCUUCCCCAUUGAUAGUAGAGAUGAAGAUGAACACACCGAAGAGGAAAAAACAAUGCCUGAAGAAAAUGUCCAGCCUGAGACCUUGGUUGAGUCACCUUUUCCAGCCAAAGACUAUUACAAAAAUGGUGCUGUAAUGGCUCCUGAUCUCCCUGAAAUGUUAGACUUAGCAGGGACAAGAUCUAGAUUAGCUUCUGUGAGUGCAGAUGCUGAGGUGGCGCAAAAGAAGUCAGUUCCUUCUGACACUGUUGUGGAAGACAGCAGCACAGCCCUGCCACCUGUGACAGAUGAAAACCACAUAACGCUAAAAGCUGAAAGUCAGCUGGAAGACUUAGGCUACUGUGUUUUCAAUAAGUACACAGUCCCACUCCCUUCUCCAGUUCAGGACAGUGAGAAUUUAACAGGUGAAACCUGUCCAUUUUAUGAAGGCACCGAUGAAAAACUGAGACGUGGCCUAGCUCCCGACCUGUCUUUAAUAGAAGUGAAGCUGGCAGCAGCUGAAAAAUCAAAAGAAGAGUUUCUCAGUGAAAAAGAUUUGGGUCAGCAUGCCACUGGUGAAUCUGUUCUGGUGAGGGACUUUGAGCAGGAGAAAAAAGACAAGUUGGAUACGGUGCUAGAAAAAAGUGAAGAUCAAGUUGAUUCUAAAGAGGUCUAUCCCAUUAAAGGUGCAGAGCCAGAGAAGACAAGACCUGAGGCAAUCUUAGAAGUGAAAGAAGAAGGCACAGUUGAUAAAGUUCAUGUAACUGAUGAUGCUGUGUAUGACAGAAUAUUAGCUACAGAGGUAGCAAAAGAAAAAGAUGCUGUUUCUUUGUUGAUUGAGAAGGAGAAGACUCUUAGUGUUGUUCCUGAAAUGGCUGAGAUAGACACUCCAAUAAAACCAGAUUAUAAUGCUAUAAAGCACGAUUUGGAAGUGGCUGCAAGGAGAGCAGACCAAGAAUAUCAGAGUCAAUUAGAUACUAAGAUCCGUGAGGUUGUUUCUCCCCCUCCAGGGCAGGACAAAGCCUCUGUUAAAAGAGCAGAGCCUGAACCUCAAGAAACCCCGCAGAAAGAUCAGACCGCUUUGUCCAGAGAAACAAAGGAUGCAGAUAUACCUUCCAAGACUGAGCUUAGUCAUUUGAAGGACAACACCAAACUGACUGAAACAGAAAUUAAGGAGAAGGUAACUAAGCCCGAUCUGGUACAUCAAGAAGCAGUUGAUAAAGAGGAAUCAUACGAAUCUAGUGGAGAGCAUGAUCAAGCCCAAGAAGGUUUGAAUGGAGAAUCCUUGAAACCAGAGGAUAUCAAAGGAGAACCUCCAAAACCUCCUGUGUCAGGGGAAGACACUCCUGCAGAGUUACCAGCAAAGGAGCCCUCCGUGGAGCUCCCCCUUCCGAAAGCUGAGCCUCUGCAAGAAGAGACUGCUGAUGUUCAGAUGGAGAGCAUACCACAGCCUGCAGAGGGAAUUGAAAAGAUUCCAGAUGCAGCUGUGAAACCCAUGGAAAUCCAAAAGCUGCUGCCAUGUGAAGUGCCAGCCGAGGCCACAGAAAGGGAAGAACAUGAGGAAGAAGAGGUAGAAGGAGGACAAGAAGAAAAAGAAGAGGAUAAACAGCAACUUAUAUCAGAAGUGCCCCCAGAAGUAGACUUAGGGAAGCCUACCAGCGAAGAAAUGCCAGCCAAGGUUGGCCCAGAAGCACUACUUGAACUGAAAGGCAUUAUUGAAUCUGUGGUGACAGUAGAGGACGACUUUAUCACGGUGGUGCAGACAACAGUUGAUGAGGGUGAAUCGGCUUCUCACAGCGUGAGGUUUGCUGCUACCCAGGAAGACAUGGAAACAGGGGACUCCCAGGCUGAAGAGGAGCUGGAGAUAGAGGAAGUGGCUGACAUUCAUGCUGAGCCCAAGGAGGGCUCCCCAGAAGCACCUGCUACACCUGAGAGAGAAGAAAUCCUGCUCACUGACUACAAGACAGAGACGUGUGAUGAUUACAAAGAUGAAACAACUAUCGAUGACUCCAUCAUGGACACGGACAGUCUCUGGGCGGAUACUCAAGAUGAUGAUAGGAGCAUCAUGACUGAACAGUUAGAGACUGUUCCUAAAGAGGAGAAGGCAGAGAGAGAAUUGCGAAGAUCAUCUCUCGAUAAGCAUAAAAAAGAGAAACCUUUUAAAACUGGGCGAGGCAGGAUUUCUACUCCUGAAAGGAAAAUAGCUAAAAAGGAACCUAGCACACUCUCCAGAGAUGAAGUGAGAAGGAAAAAAGCAGUGUAUAAGAAAGCUGAACUUGCUAAAAAAACUGAAGUUCAGGCCCACUCUCCCUCCAGGAAAAUCAUUUUAAAACCUGCUAUCAAAUAUACUAGACCAACUCAUCUCUCCUGUGUUAAACGGAAGCAGACAGCAGCAGGUGGUGAAACAAACCAGGCUCCUGGUGUAUUUAAACAAGCAAAGGAAAAACUCUCAACUGCCUCUUUGUCAAAGAUUCCUGCCUCAAAGUCUAGAGCAAAGUCAUUGCUUCCUCCAAGACCCAGCUCAGCUUGCUCAUUAACUACUAAAAGGGCCACUUUUCUCGAUACAGACAGUUAUUAUGUACGGCCCUCCUCAGCAGGCCCAAGAGACUGCUUGCCCAACUCAAAAUCAGACGCUAAGGAUGGAGUAAGCAAGAGUCCAGAAAAGCGUUCCUCUCUACCAAGACCUUCCUCUAUCCUUCCUCCUCGAAGAGGUUUAUCAGGAGACCGAGACAGAGAGGAGAACUCUCUCUCCCUCACAACUUCCCUUUCCUCUUCAGUACGACGGACCACCCGAUCAGAGCCAAUUCGUAGCAGAACAGGAAAAAGUGGAACUUCUACCCCCACCACUCCUGGCUCCACUGCCAUCACUCCCGGGACCCCACCUAGCUACUCCUCCCGUACCCCAGGCACUCCGGGGACCCCCAGCUAUUCCAGAACCCCACACACUCCUGGGACCCCCAAAUCUGCCAUACUUGUACCCACUGAGAAAAAAGUUGCCAUCAUUCGCACUCCUCCCAAAUCUCCAGCCACUCCGAAGCAGCUACGAGUUAUUAAUCAGCCUCUACCUGACCUCAAGAAUGUCAGGUCUAAAAUCGGUUCAACAGAUAAUAUCAAAUACCAGCCUAAAGGAGGGCAGGUUAGGAUUUUAAACAAGAAGAUCGAUUUUAGCGAUAUUCAGUCCCGCUGUGGUUCCAGAGAUAACAUCAAACAUUCUGCAGGGGGAGGAAAUGUACAAAUCGUAACCAAGAAGAUAGAUUUGAGUCAUGUGACUUCCAAAUGUGGCUCCCUCAAGAACAUCCACCACAAGCCAGGUGGUGGACGUGUGAAAAUUGAAAGUGUGAAACUGGAUUUCAAAGAAAAAGCUCAGGCUAAAGUUGGUUCACUCGAAAAUGCCCACCAUGUACCUGGCGGUGGUAAUGUCAAGAUUGACAGCCAGAAGCUAAACUUCAGAGAGCAUGCUAAGGCCCGUGUCGACCACGGGGCUGAGAUCAUCACGCAGUCACCAGGCAGGUCCAGCGUGGCUUCGCCGCGCAGGCUCAGCAACGUCUCAUCCUCUGGAAGCAUCAACCUGCUUGAAUCGCCCCAGCUUGCUACCCUUGCUGAAGAUGUCACGGCAGCCCUCGCUAAACAGGGCUUAUGAAUUUGCUCCAUUUUGCAUUGUAUGAAGUAAUAAUAUUUAGGCAUGAGCUCUUGGCAGGAAUGGGCUCAGAGCAGGUGUUACAUUCAUUCUUUACCAUGUCUAAAACUAAGUCAUAUCCCAAGACUUGUAGUUACCAUACAAUAAAAAACAGAAAAAAAUUAAUUAAAUAGAUGCAGAAAUUGGCCUGAUCUCCAUUUACAACAGGAAGACACUGGCUUUAUAUGGGUAUACAACUGCAGUAUGUUACAUUGGACAAUUAUUGUUGCUCUGCUCUGUCUUGCAUGGAGUACUGUACUAUGAUAAAAUGCAUUUUUACCUUUCAUGUGCCUGAAGGCCAUCCACCUCUUUCUGAAGAGCCUUGUUAAUAUCCCAAGUUGCUCAUUUCACUGUUCUCUUGAUAGAUGGGGAAAUAAAAAAUGAAAAAGUUGCCCAUUGUAAGUUAUUACAGGUUAAAUUAAGAGUCUGCUUACCAGAAGGACGGGCAUAUAGAGAAAUUCAAGUUUAAUAAAAAAAGUGUUAUUUUAUAUAAAUGAGUAGAACAAAAGUUGAAUUAAGUUAUUAACAUUUUUUUGGACCUGGGUAAUUAUGUCAGUGUAUAGCUGAAAAGCCAAUAAAUUAUUUAACUAAUAACUAAAAAUAGUAGUUGAAAAACAUUUGAACCAUGCUUGGGGAAGUGACGUAAAAAAGCUAUCGAAAGGAAGCACUUCAUCCCACUGGACUUGUGUCUGAUUAGAAUGUUGGUUAAGCGGCUAGAUGUGUGUACGCACUACCGGUUUCACACCCUUUCCAUCUGUUUGAUACAGUAUUAUAGAUAUAUAUUUCUCUGUGGCCAUUUGUGAUACGCCCUCCUCAUAUACUUGAAUAUUCUACUUUAUUCACAGUAUCUGUGUCUCUUGCACCCUUUGGUGUUGCAAUUUUAGGUAUGUAAAAGUAGAUGUUAGCAGGGUUUUUUUCCCUAUUCAUAAAAAUACAUUUAAAAAAGACAAAAACUUUUAGCAUGAAGUUGCUUUCUGUAACAACUAAAAGCCGUGACCCUGUUUUAGUGCCAGAUGCAAGUCUCUUCUGUGAUGCUAGAAAAAAGAUUCCUUCCCUCCUCCCCUCCCUCCCUUUCUUCACCGAGAUUGAUUUUUGUGGGGUCCAGAAGUUUGUAAGAGGGUCUCCAAAGAUGGUUGGGUUUGGAUUCUGGAUUUUUUAAAAAUCCAAAAUAGUUUGGUUUGGGCUUUUAUUUUUUUUUAACUCCUGUAGUAACAGUGAAUGUUAGAUUUAUUUAUUUUUUUUUCUUUUGCUAAAGUUGAAACACAGAAACAAGUAUUAUGGUGUUGUUUCCACUCCUUCAGUGAUGUCUUAUAUAAACACUCGGGCACUCAGAUAACAAUGAUAAACAUAACAGAGAUGCCUGUAAAUUAUAGUACAUGAAUAAAUAAAAUAAGCUCCUUAGACUGGGUUGCCAUGGUGAUUAAUCAAUAAAUAGGGCAUCUUAAAAACUGAACAAAGAAGAAGUGGGAUUAUAUUGACUAUAAAAAGUAUAAGAAAAUGUGCAUAAAAGGUAAAGGGCAGAGAUAUAUAAACAUCAAAUCAAAUGGAGUUACUUGUGAGAACUCCAACACUACCUUAUGGACACUAAGAGAACACUGAAGGUAAUAUGGUAGUAUUACUCAUCAGCAGCUAGUAAUCUGCUGAUAUUAUGUACAGUAGACAUUAUGAAAUGACCAGUUUACAUUCUUGCAGAUUGUUUGAUCUUUUCCUUUUGAAAUCUCUAAACUUUGCACUGUCAGUUGAGCUAUACUUGAUCCAUGUAUUAGGUUAACAUUGUGUGUUGGAAGCUUUUGAUCUGUUCUUUUUACUUCUUAAUUUGUAUGUGUGCGUGUGUGUGUUGGGGUUUGAUCUGAAAAGACACAUAAAGAAGAUUUUGUUGUCUGUGGAGAAGGAUUCUUAUAAUUAAUAGCACAGAAUUCCACAUAAUCAAAUUCAGGUAGUAAAUGCACAGUUACUAAACAGUAGACGUUCAGUGGACCGAAUGGGGAUUUUAGCUAAGCUGUCACAGCAGUAUAAAGACAAAACAAAAUGGUUAGAACUCCAAAAAUUUUACUGAAGAUGAACUCCUAACAGCCCCACGCAUGACAUUUCAGCUCUGAAAAAAAGCUUUUUCACACUAUAAAGUUCCUAAUACUGUUUGUAAGUCAGUUGUUCUAUACCAAGGACAGUGAGUUUAGAACCGCGCUAAGUGCAUCUGGAGGAUUCUCAUUUCUGCCUUGUAUUUGUUGUACUCUUGCUUAGAGUAAUUGCUUACGAGUUCACAUGGAAACAAUGCCAAGUGAGGUGUGUUAAAAGCCCCUUUCUGUUGGUCCAGAAAAACAAAAAAUGGAAAGAAAAAACAACAAAAUGGUAUUUUGAUCAUGUUGCUCUGAUCAUACCAUCAGCUAACAAAAAUCAGCCUUGCAGUGUUUUUUUAUGCCUUUUGCCAACGUGGGAGAGAGUCGAUGGUACUACUGAACCUCAGCUUCUCUGAAGCUGGACACCAGCUGGUCAGCACAGUGUUAACCUGUGACUCAAGUAUUUUUAUUCUGCUUUUAAAAUGGACAUACUCUAGAAGAUGAAGCUUAGUUAAUACACCUACUGAGUCCAAAGUUAGAUUGGUGUAACACACCAAGUCAUUUAUUUCAUGCAUUAAAAUGAGCUUUCUUGUCCUGAUUCAAGCAAAGACCUUUGUAAUCGUAAUCAUCCUUCCAUAGAAAGAAUCCUAGAAUGCUGUGGAGUUAGAUGAAAAUAAAAGAAAUCAAGAGUUUUGUGCUGUUAAAUAAAAAAACAAGUUAUGUUACAUGACUCUAGAUGUUCACUGAAAAAGCUCAUAUUAAUCUUUACUUCUCAAGAAGCGUGUUGGUUUUAAAAACAACAGUUUUGUAAAUAUGUAAUGCCCAGUAAAGAUAGAGCCAGCUUCCUGGAAACCGCAUCCGUUGUGUUUCUUUUCCGCAGGCAUGUUGAGCCAGCAGGUACGUUGGGUAUCUGAGACCCGACUUUGUAACAAUGCAGAGAUAAUCCAGACAAAUGGAACAGUUAACCCUGUUUGGAUAGCUUGGGGAGAGCCUCAAAUUAAUAAUCUGUCAAGUUGUAUAGACAAAAGAAAAGGUGCUUCUGCCCCAUCUGCAGAGUUCUGUUUCUAUGUAACCACAAGCAGAAAGAAAUCAAAGUACAGCAAACCUUUGUCCAGCAGCAGUAAAGGUAAAACUACUACUGAUGAGGAUAAUUUUGUGCCCGCUGGGGCUGCAUAUAUUUUCACUGUACAGCAGUAAAUGGUAUUGUCCAUUCAAUGCUAUGUUAAGGUACAGUAGUAACCUCAUCACGACUGCUUACAAACAUAAAUUUGCCUAUUUACACGACCCAAGGGGAGUCGAAAGGCAGCCUGUGUGGAAUACCACAUGUGAGCAGAAGUUUUUGCCGCGCUGGACCAAACACUGUUCGAAAACCAAGUACAAAUGUCCCUUCACAGGCAAACGCCUUGAAGAGUAGAUCACUUUUGCUAUAAAACCUGAAGCAGGUAGAAUUCUAGCCUAGGUGUGUGUAGCGCUCACUCACUAGUACGACUGCUAAAGCGAUUCCCUCUGCAACUUGAGCAAUUCCCACUGCAGGAAGGUAAAUUAGUUUCACACGUGGAAAAGUCAAGCGUAAAAGCCACUUCAACUUUAGCAAAGAGAAAAAGCCAACAAAUAAACAUGCUGUAUGCUGGGAUUUUGAGGAAUACAGUCUGCUGUUACAAACCUGUGUUUUUUUCUGAUAAUUCUAGAGCCUGUUACCAUAAAAGAGGCAUUUCUUGAAUGGCUGGUGGUAGGUAGUUCAUGUUUUUCAAUCCAAUUUGCAAUUGUAUUUGUUGCUGUAUAGUGAUUGUUUUGCAAAAUAAAAUCGCUUGUCAUCUAA